UUUUAUAAUAAUAAUUACUGGAAGAAGGGAAAAUGGCUGCGGAUAGUCAAUAAUUUUGGUAGUUGCUGUUGGCAACACAAAUUUGUUUGCUCGAGGAUGGUUUAGCUAUUUGGUAGAAGCAAAAAUUUAGUCGAAUUUAUAAGAUGUCGAAGGCAACAACAAUCAAGGAAGCAUUGAAACGCUGGGAAGAGCGCGAACAGCAAAAUUCGCUAAAUGCCAAAAAUAUCGAUUUGCAGUUUCAAUGGCCACCGAUCGAGAAAAUGGACAAUACACUCGGAACGCUUGUUAACUGCGAAAGAAUUAGUAUGUCCACAAAUAUGAUUGAGAAAAUCUUUGGCCUGUCGGGCAUGAAAUGUCUGAAGGUCUUGUCAUUGUCGCGCAAUUAUAUCAAGCAAAUAUCAGGAUUGGAAGCUGUGGCAGAAACUCUGGAAGAACUUUGGCUCAGCUACAACCUGAUAGAGAAACUCAAAGGCAUGUCUGCGCUGAAGUGCCUGAAAGUGCUCUACAUAAGCAACAAUCUAAUCAAGGACUGGUCAGAGUUUAGUCGGCUGGCCGAAAUCGAGUCCCUGGAAGAUUUAGUGGUAGUCGGCAAUCCUCUGUCGGAGGGCUUGGAUGAGCUCACGUGGAGGGCCGAGUGCAUCAAGCGCCUACCGACUAUACGAAAACUGGAUGGUGAGCCCGUCGUGCUCAAGGAGGAACCCAUAUUGUAAAUA